AUGCCUAAAUCUACCCAUACCGAUCCGCGACACUCGCUCGACGCCCUGGACUCUCCUGUCCUCUCAAGCCCGCUUUCUCCGUUAAGCCUCAAUACCUCCGCUCCCGCCUCACCCGCCAUCUCCCUCUUCUCCGCUGCCGCCCACGGCCACAACCGCGUCUCCAGCUCCGUUUCCUCUCUCGUCUCAUCUACUGGUCUGGGAAACUCCAUCGACAACCCGAGUCGGAGUCACCUCACUGGUGUUAAAGAGGAGGAGUCUCUACGCGUGACUCGCUGGAAGAUAGCUAUUUCCCACUUUGAUUGCAACAUGUCAACCCCCGCCGACGAGGCCUAUUUCCCAAUGGACCGACCGGACAGCUAUGAUCUUACAGAUAGUGGCGUGGGCAUGGACCUGCAAUUGCGAGAGAAGCGUGGGUCAGAUACCCCAUCGAUGAAGGGUGUCUCGCGCAUCGGCUCCCACAUCUCGACCAUGUCAACUCGUUGGAAAUCCAAACGAACUUCUGGAAGCCCAGAACGCGAUGUUUUUCCAGACGAUCUCCGCUCGCGCGCCAACUCAGCCGCUUCAUCCGCUUUUGCUAGCCCAGUCGUUAUUCCCAUCAGUCGAAUCGACUCAAUCCCGCCAUCGCCCGCUCGGACGAUCUUUGAGGAGCGCCUCAGCGAAUCAGGCGCUCGACCAAUCGACAUCGCCCACGCCAAUAGCAAUGGCCUUGGCCAGGACGACAACGACACGCAGCAAGCCACCACCCCACUGCUUCCCCCCUUCAUGGGUGACGACCCUACGAGCGUUGUCGCCUCACGCGUCCAGUCCCCGCUCCAGUCCCCUUCCGUCGCAGACGUGAGCGACAGCAGUCUUCGCUGCAGCGUGACCUCCAACUUCCGCAUCGCAGGAAUGGGAGUUCCAUCACCCCCACUCUCCUCAAAACCAUCUCUCGCCUCAAUGAGCCGCCCCCGCGCUAGCACAUUGCGCACUGUCUCCGGCGACGCCAGUCCAGCCCCAUUCACCCUCUCGUCGCCAACCGACGAGUGGGCCAAUAAACUCGGCCACGCGAACUUCACCAUCGUCCCGGAACCAUACGUCCCCGAGAUGAGAGACAUAGAUUCCUUCCACCAGCUACGCGCAGAUUGGGACACGGCACGCUGCAAUUUCGCAAAGCACCUCGUUCGCACGGGCGAGCAUUACGGCGUUACUUCGAAUAUCCACAAACUCACCGUCUCGAAAUGGGAUUCCAUCAACCUAGCCUGGAAAUCCGAGCACGAGGCUCUCCUCGCUGAUCUCGACGCUGAAGAUCGCGUCGCCCUUACGCUUACCCAGAACCCCAGCCCCGUUGAAUCAGUCCGCAUUCCCCGACUCCACGAUAACGACAAGUUCCCCGAAAUGGGCGACGAGGAUAUUGUGGGUCCGAUGAGUGUCGCACCGGCUGGACCUUGCGGACCCAAGUCCAUCAAGAAGAAUUUCUUUCGCUUUUUCUCAGACCUCGUUUCGAGGACUUGA